CACACACGGGCGCAUGCGCACACAUACACAUACACACACAUGUGCGCACGCACACACGCACGAGCGCACACACACACACACACACACACACAUACACACACACAGAUACACACACACACUCACACCAACACACAUACAUGCACAGGUUACAGUGGUGCGAGGGGUUGAAACAGAUUGUUUCAGCUGUAGCUGACCGGGUGGUUUUUUCAGUGGAUAAAAAAAGCUUAUUCAACUUCUUUCACUUCUUCAUGUGUAGGGCUAUAUAUCAUUUCUGGUUUUGAAAGUGCUUUACAUGUUCCCACGAACAAGACAAUAAGGAUACUCUGAGAGACUCUGUACAUCAAUGCAGGUUGUGAGGAUGAACAUCAGCCUGCCCAACAACUCCGUCCAGUGUCGGCGGGACACCAGCGUGACCUCCGUGGUCUUCCCCUGCCUGUACAGCCUGCUCUUCCUCUGCGCCCUGGUGCUCAACUCCCUGGCCGCCUGGAUCUUCUUCAAAAUCCCCAGUACCUCCACGUUUGUGGUGUAUCUCAAAAAUGUGGUGCUGAGCGACGCUGGCAUCGGGUCGUGGCAGCUGCGCGUUGUCUACUGCCGCUACUCGGCCGUGCUCUUCUAUAUCAGCAUGUACAUCAGCAUCAUCCUGCUGGGACUCAUCAGCCUGGACCGCUACCUAAAGAUCGUGCGGCCCUUCGGCAAGGGGCCCCUGCAGCAAGUCAGGGUUGGCCAGUUCCUGAGCGCCGGUGUCUGGGUGGUGAUGCUCUCCCUGGCGCUGCCCAACACCGUCCUCAGCGACCGCAUGCCCCUGUCCCCCGGGGCCAAGUUCAAGUGCACAACCAUGAAGGGAGAGGCGGGGAUGGCGUGGCACGAGGGAUUUACCUACUUCGUUCAGGUGGUGUUCUGGUGCACGUUCGGGCUGAUGGCUGUGUGCUACACCUUCAUCAGUAAGAAGGUGUACGAGUCCUACAUGGCCUCCAGGAGCAGCUCCAAGGCAGCCAGCCGCAGCACCAAGGCCAAGGUGUUCGUGGUGGUGGUGGUGUUCUUCAUCUGCUUCGGCCCCUAUCACUUCGUCCGCACGCCGUACACAAUGACCCAGACCAAGGGCAAGACCAACCAGUGCGGGUCCAACUACGACCAAGCCCUGUACGUCGCCAAGGAGACCACCCUGUGGCUGUCGGCCACCAACGUGUGUCUGGACCCGCUCAUCUACAUCUUCCUGUGCAGCGUGUUCCGGAGGCGACUGACGGCCACACUGAGACGCAGGCCCCUCCCACAAGACAUCGGGGAGUCGCCCACGGCAACCUCCACCCAGCGGGAGAUGUCGAUGAUUGUCCCGACAAACGUGGUGUCGGGCAGCGAACAUAAUCUGUGAACGUACCCCGUCUGGUACCGUUACCGUGACGGCGGGGAAGGUUGUGGUGGUUUUGCACUUGUAUAUAACAGUUAUUUCUAGUGUUAUGUAGGGCAAAAGGUUUGGAAAUGUUCCAAGGAUAUUUUUGUGUAGAAACCAAUAAAUAUUUAUUAAUAUUAAUAAAAAAAUUAACAAGUAUAUUAUUUAGUAGGAAUAGUAAGAAAGACAAUAUAGGCUUAUAUAUAUAGAGAGAAAUAUAUAUACAUGUAGCCUAUCUUACAAUGUUUUUUUUUUUAAGUUUUGUGCUACAUGAGACAGUGUGACACUGGUAAGCAGAGCGUUUCUAUUUUUGAUCCAGAACAUCUUAUACAUUUCCUGGGCUCAUGCUUGCAACUUGUUAUCUUGCCUCGACUGCACUCCCCGUGCAAAUUACAGUGGGGGCAGAGUGACUCCAGCAGGAAGGAAGAGUGGAAUGGACGAUAACCAGGGUUAGUGUGUGCUAGACACGUUAUUGUUAUGAUGGGAAACAUCUUUAUUUCACGGUUAUAGUUGUAUCACGAUUGUUAUGGUGUUUUAUGUUAUUAUGAUGUGGUUUCAAUGCAAUAUCAUUCAUACUGGCAUCUGCGGAUCAAUAGGCCUACAUAAAAAGUCCAACAGAUAAUGAAUCAAUUAAUAAAAUGUAUGUUACAAAAUAAUGACAAAAAUCAAAGCCUCACCACCGAUGUGAUUGAAGUGCGGGCAUUAAAGUGCUUGGCUAGGCAUUUAUUUCUAAACCAUCAGCUGAAUUCUGAUCACAUGAGAGAAAGUGUGAUCGGGACACAUCAACUCCCCAUGUUGAACAGCAGAGGGCAGUGGAUUUCUGUUGGAAAAUAAAUGUUUUUGGAAAUAAUAAUUGCCGUAAAGCAAGGUAUUUCCUUCAAAUCCCCUUUUAUCCUUUGGCAGUCGGUUUAAUGUUCUCCUUCCAUAAGCCCGCUCUGCUUUGAGGAGCUGAGCGGAUGGGCGGAUGCUACACAGCCCGAAGAACACGGGAUUGGGAAGACCGUCCCUAAGCAAUUGUUCUACAUCUUUUUUAUGGUUUCCAAUUACAGGCGGGAUGAAAGACAACGCUUUUUUCCAAUGCCGCACGAAACCUUGGGGAAAGCUUUGGGAAUCACGAUCUGGAUCUUGCUUCAUGCAUACAUCCAUGGCUCCAUGCCACCCCUUGUCACCUUGUCGACAUAAACUUAUAUGUGGUCUGAAAAUUAAUGAGCUACGAGGCGCCCGGCGGCUGGGAAGCUAUAGGCCAUUUGUCAACGUCAGAUUAAAUUCUCUGACAUGACCCGAGAAAGUGAAUUAUGAUAGUUUGAAAUACACUCAAAUGUAUGAAAUUCUAAUGAAUAAGCA